AUGGCAGACUCUACAUACAGCUGCUUCACUUCUCUGCUGGAAAACAUUCCUGGGUGGAUUGCUGAGGUGGAGGAUAUACUGAAGAGUGCUGCGGUCAAGCAGGAGGAAAUACUGUUCGCCAAUCGACCCACAACACCACUGCGUAAGGACUCCAAAACAUGGUCAUUACAAUCGAAGUGCUCCUCAAUCGUGGGCCGGGACGAGCAGGCUCGUCCUCCAAUAYGUUUGGAUCUGAUACAUUCCGCAUCACCCCACCUUGCCCACGCGGACGCACUACGCCUCUCGCAAAGGAAACGAAAGAACACAUCAGUGCUUUCCGAUCAAGGCUCGGAACCGGCUGCCAUCAGACAUAAAUCCGCGGCAGUGGUCUACUACGAUGGCGACACACAGAAACGCUUUGAGAAAUUGGUUCGCGGCAUUGGUCUCUCCAGGAAUGCCAUUCGCAAGGGCAAAAUGAGUGCAAAGGUUGAAAGUCUGUCUCGCAGCAGAUCCAGCAGCAGUGAUGAGAGCGACAGCAGUAACAGCGGCGGCGAGGAUCUCGGCAGUCUUAAGUCUGGCUACAAAUCUACCCAACCGUCACCUCUGACUCCCUUCAGCCACAAUGACGAUUCGGAAGCGUACGACAACGUCGACAACCAGAUGGAGAAGGCCCAGGCUUUUUGUGAACGGGCUGCUUAUCAGGUCUUGAAAGACGGGGAUUGUACCCUGGAGGUGUCCCAUGCCAAGGAGCAUUUUGCGCAGGCUUUGCAAAUCGCUGAAACCGAGCUGCCUGCCUUGAAGAAGAAGGCUGAGAGAGUGGUGGAACGGCAACGGMGAAGUGACGAACGCCAGCGAGCCCAGGAAGAUAUGGCUUCUCAGCGAGCUGCGACUGCACUCGCACUAAAGGCCAGAUUACAGGCCGUCGUCGCAGUAGAUCGGGUGUCGAGUGCAAAUAGCUCGUUGGAAGUCGAUCCACUUGAGGUGGACGACUCCGAGAGUGAGAGCGAGUCCGAUGGCGAAUUCAACGUCGCUGACAUGCAAUUUGGGAAGCUCUCCCAGGUGCAUUGCGCAAGACGCGCCAUGGCUCAUUGA